AUGAUCUCAGCCGAGAUACCCGAUCAUUCGCGCUAUCCUGAUCUCCACGAGACCGUCACAAGGCACAUGCUGCAUGGCAAGUGUGGCGGAAACUCGACUCAGCCCUGCAUGGAAAAGAACAAGUACGGGAACCCGAGGUGCAAGCGCCAUUUCCCUCGCGAACAGAACCCCCAUACCCGCAUGCACCCUGAUGGCUACCCGUUGUAUCGCCGACGCUUUCGCCACGCAAGGGGGUGUCAUCUACAACGAUGGUGACUGCGUGCCGUACUCGCCUUAUCUCUCCGCCAAGUACAACGCGCAUAUCAACGUCGAGGCUGUGACAACAAUCGGCGCGAUCAAGUACCUCUUCAAGUAUGUGAACAAAGGUCCGGAUCGAGCUGUGGCGCGUGUUGAGCGUGCAGCGAACCGUGAAGGGGCUCGCGAGGACGAACCGGUUCGAGAUGAGAUCAACGAGUUAGUCGAAGGUCGCUACAUCAGUGCUCCAGAAGCGGUUCACCGCCUAUUCGGAUUCUCGACCGGUAGAGUGUGGCCGCCCGUCAAUCGACUACCGGUCCAUCUGGAGCAUCAACAAUCUGUGCAGAUCAAUCCCGACGAACCGCUGCCCCUCGACACUCCGCCCACUCGCUCCAAAUUGACCGGCUUCUUCGACCUGUGCGCCGCAGCUCCCGACGGCGAGCUCACUGCCACGUUGCUCUACACGAAUGUUCCCCGCUACUACUCCUGAAAUAAGGAGAAGCUGCGCUGGAAGCGCCGAGUUCGUGAUCGCAAUGUCAUCGGACGAAUUUACACCGUUUCACUGCGUAGUGGGGAGCGCUUUUACCUCAGACUGCUCCUCGAGGUUGUCAUGGGUCUCACGUCGUUUGCGGAUCUGCUCAAGUUUGAAGACGUUGUGUAUCCUUCCUAUCGCGCCGCUCGCGGACUUCUCGCCGACGAUGGCGUGCACCACAUCUGUCUCAGGGAAGCUGCACAGAUUCGGACCGGUGACCAACUGCGGCGAUUGUUCGUGUUCAUGCUCAUCCAUGCGACCGUUGCCAACCCACCAGCUUUGCUGGAUCGCCACUUUGCUUCCCUGAGCGAUGAUGCCCGUUAUCACAUCGAAAAUUAUGAAGACGUACCCGUCAACGAUCAAACCAUCCGCCUGUGGACGCUCAACAAGAUUCGACUCCUUCUCGCAGCGAACGAUCGAACUUUGGCCUUCUUUGAUCUCCCCGAGCUCACCAAGGACGAAGUGCAGCUUUUCGAUCGUCCCGACGAUCGGCUUCCCCGUUUCGAUCGCGAGCAAUGUGCGCAAGAUGCCGAGCAGGCGCGUGCUCGCCUGAACCACGAUCAGCGUAUUGCCUUUGACGAGUUUCUUCGUGCGGUCGAGCUCGAUGUCGUUGAUCAGAUGCGCGACGACAACCUUGGGCCGCAGCAUGUGUUUUUCCUGCUUGCACCUGGGGGUACUGGCAAGACUUUCGUCGAAAAUGCCCUUCUCGAUACGGUGCGAGCUCGAGGCGACCAAGCGAUCGCGGUGGCGUCCUCGGGAGUCGCGGCGUUGCUUCUCAAGGGAGGACACACGGCGCAUUCGACUUUUCAAAUUCCACUCGACACGUCGCCAACCUCGACGUGUCCGGUCGACAGGGAGAGUGAUCUCGCGCUGAUGCUGCGUACCACCAAGCUCAUCAUUUGGGAUGAAGCACCAAUGGCGCAUCGAUUCGCGGUGGAAGCGGUCGACCGUUUGCUGCGUGAUCUCCGAGAGACCGAGGAGCUCUUCGGCGGGGUGACGACAGUCUUUGCGGUCAGUUGGGCUCUUCCGCCUCCGCUCUGAACGACUGCACGCUAACGAGGUUUCCAAUUUGCAGGGGACUUUCGCCAAUGCCUUCCUGUCGUUCCUAAAGGAACUCCCGGUCAAAUCGUCGAUGCAUCCCUCAUCAAGGCAGACUUCUGGCGCGACGUUCGUGUCUUGCGACUUACCGAGAAUAUGCGUCUCAGCUCGAACGCUGAUGCGAUGGACGAGGCUCAAUUGGCUCGAACGCGCGACUUUGCGGAAUGGCUACUCAACGUGGGAGAUGGAUCUGCCAACAUGCACCCAUACGACAAGAUCGCCGUACGUUUGGCUCCCCUUUUUCACCCGACCAACCAACACUAAGACUACCUCUUAUUUUGUUUUGCAGCUGCCUGAUUACCUGCUGCUUCCGGAUGGUCAAAGAACCGCCGAAGGUUUGAUCAACUUUGUCUACCCCGGUCUAAGGACCGUGAACAAGGAGUCCCUCGACGACCUGAUUCAGCUGUUCUCGCGUCAGGCAAUCCUAGCUCCGCAUAACGCAACGGUCGAUCGCAUCAAUGCCAAGCUGCUUGAAGAGUUCGAUGGCGACUACGUCGAGUAUCGCAGCGCAGACGAGGUUGUCGAGGCAGGCGAAGCUGGGGGUGGAAUGGCGCCUGAACUGAUUUCGCCAGAGUAUCUACAUUCAAUCAACCCAUCCAACUUCCCCGCGCAUCACUUGCGUCUCGAGGAAGGGAUCCCUGUCGUUCUUCUUCGCAAUCUGGACCCAGACGCCGGCCUCUGCAACGGUACCCGCCUUAUCGUCUCACACGCAAGAUCGCGAGUCAUUCAAGCCAUCAUCUUGACCGGAGAUCGAGCGGGCACCACGGUCUUCAUCCCUCGCGUGCGACUCGAGACAAAUGCGACUAGCAGUCGCCAACUUGGUUUCACUAUGCGCCGGCUCCAAUUGCCGCUUCGAGUUGCCUUGGCCAUGACAAUCAACAAAGCCCAAGGUCAAUCACUCGAUCGUGUUGGCGUCGAUCUCUCCCUGCAUCCCGUCUUCACUCAUGGGCAGCUGUAUGUGGCAUUGUCUCGAGCCAUGAGUGUUGAUCGAAUCAAGGUGCUACUGCCCUCUCGCGACCCCGCCGAUGAUGACGACGACCUACCUGCCGUCGAUCGAACGGCAGCCGCAACCACCGUGACCCCAAACCCAGUAUUCCGCUCUGUUCUCAGGGCAAUGAAUGGAGAAUAG